AUGGAGCUUCAUGAACGCACUACGCUUGACGUUCAAGUGGUCGACGAUAAUAACUCGUCAAGAACGUUUCAGCUCGACAAACAGAAGGCGUUCUCGGCAUCGCCCUACCUAUCACGACUCGGGCGGCGCGCUCCGAAUCAUCUAGUCACAUUACACAAUGUUCAACCAAUCGUCUUCGGCCUUUUUGAUUUUUGGUUGAGGAGAAGGCAGUCAAGUAGAUGGUCCAUCGGUCCUAAUCUAGAGGCAUAUCAGGAGGAGCCAUGGCUAUCUAAUACCGCGGCAGCUUAUGUUCUAGCACAGAGACUGGAGGCCAAGAACUUUUCUCGUUUCUGUUUUGAGAAGUUUAUCCAAAACUGUGCACUUGCGCCUUUCGGUCCGUGGCAUUACAUUGAGGACCAACUCGAGCCAGACACACCACUUCGCAGAUUCAGCAACCACUGGGUUGUCUGGAACGCGAGUAUUCUACGGGAGAGUGAUCAUGAGUACGUAGGACUGAAAGCACUUGAAAGCCUGAGCAUGGUGGAUGAGUAUACUGGCGACCCGCGAAACAUUGACCCUGAGCAUUGUUUGCACAGAGGAACGAACACGACUCGAGAGGCCUCUUCCAGACGAAUGGGGCCACUCAGAAGAACAAAUAUAUCACCACCUCCGCGGGAUACCGGUGCCACAACUGCCACAACUGCCACCAUGGCUACCACAACUACCACAACCGAUACAACCACCACAACCGAUACAACCACCACAACCGAUACAACCACCACAACCGAUACAACCACCACAGCCGAUACUACUACCACAAAUUCCACAACUGCCACCAUUGCAACCAUUUCCAAGGCCUAUGCCUCCUCGUUCUCUAUCACCUUCCUUUAG